CAUGAAAUGGAUACAUGGGAAGAUGACCGUGCUGAUCGAACCUGCCUUAUCUGUGGGGACCGAGCCACUGGGCUGCACUAUGGCAUCAUCUCAUGCGAGGGGUGCAAGGGGUUCUUCAAGCGCAGCAUCUGCAACAAGAGGGUGUACCGCUGCAGCCGGGACAAGAACUGCGAGAUGUCCCGCAAGCAGCGGAACAGAUGCCAGUACUGCCGGCUGCUCAAGUGUUUACAGAUGGGAAUGAACCGGAAAGCAAUCAGGGAAGAUGGGAUGCCAGGCGGUAGAAACAAAAGCAUUGGACCUGUCCAGAUAACAGACGAGGAGAUUGAGAGAAUUAUGACUGGGCAAGAAUUUGAGGAGGAGGCCAGCAUACCCUGGAGUAAUAAUGGAGACAGUGAUCACAGCUCCCCAGGCAAUGGGGUUUCCGAGGGCAACCAGCCGUCACCUGUUUCCACUCUAUCAUCAAGUAGGUCAGUGGAGCUGAAUGGGUACACCACUGCACUCAGGGACCAGUACAUUGGGAUGCCAGUGUCCUCGCACUACCAGUACCUGCCGCACCUUUUGAGCUAUGCUGCACAGUCCGGCCUGCUGCCCCAGCAGUCACGCAGCCUGGACCCCCAGGCCCAGUCUCUAGUCACUCAGUUAGUGGCGUCUGAAGACCUGGAGCCUCUCUGCACACCGAUGCUGAUAGAAGACGGCUACAAAGUGACGCAGGCUGAGCUCUUUGCCUUGCUGUGCCGGCUGGCGGAUGAGCUGCUCUUCAGGCAGAUCGCCUGGAUUAAGAAGCUGCCCUUUUUCUGCGAGCUGUCAAUCAAAGACUACACCUGCCUGCUUAGCUCCACAUGGCAGGAGCUGCUGCUGUUGUCCUGCCUCACAGUGUACAGCACACAGAUCUUUGGAGACCUGGGUGCCGUCACCUCCAAAUACACGCCAUCUGACGAUGAGCUGCACAGGUUUAGCGAGGAUGGCAUCGAGGUGAUGGAGCGUUUGAUAUACCUCUUUCGGAAAUUCAAUCAGCUGAAGGUCAGCAAUGAAGAGUAUGCCUGCAUGAAGGCCAUUAAUUUCCUUAAUCAAGAUAUCCGAGGCCUCACGAAUGUGUCUCAGUUGGAGCAGUUGAACAAGCGUUACUGGUACGUGUGCCAGGACUGCACGGAGUUCAGGUAUCCGCACCAGCCCAAGCGCUUCCCAGAGCUCAUGAUGUGUCUGCCUGAGAUUCGCUACAUUGCAGGAAAAAUGGUAAAUGUUCCCCUGGAGCAGCUGCCUCUCCUGUUCAAAGCCGUUCUGCACUCCUGCAAGUCCAGCAUUAACAAAGAGUGAAGAGGCCGGCCUCCAGGCCUCCAGUUCCUCUGCCUCACAGCGCUGCCUCCAGCAGGGAACGAAUGGACGGCCGCAAUUAACCUUGAAGGUGGAGGGACGGGGGGCUCCCCAGGAAUGUGACAAGCAGCUAUUUUUUUUUUACUUUUUUUGCUUAU